AUGAAGGUGAAGGAAGUGCUUUCACAAGUGGAAGAAAUUAUUCCAAAAGUGAAGACUUUCUUGGACAACACCAAUGGAAUCAUUGAAGCACUUCCGACCAAGAGGCAACUCGGACUUGGGGUGCUCGGAAUCGGCUUAAUCCACUUUUAUAUCCUUUUUACACCUCCGGGAGAUGUGAUUCCGAUCACCCGGGAUGUAUAUUUAACAUACAUCCCCAUUAUACACCCCCCCACUGUGGAUGCUUUAAGAAUUAGAGUCUAG